GUAAAAUGUUUUACAUUGUUUCGGAUGUUCCUUCAGAGUUGAAGAUAGUUUACUUCCUAGUCCAAACCUCCCGCAGGACGACGGGGGAUGGGAGCGGGCAUGGUUUGAACCCGGGACCAACGAUAAAUCCAAACGACAGUCCAGCGCGCAAACCGCACGACCAGGCAGCCAUAAGCUCCAAAAGCUAGGGAAGGGGGUUGGCAUGAUAACUAUAAGGAACCACGCCCAAUAGCAGUUUCCUGUCGGCACUGUGGGAAAAGUCCUAAUAUCAACCAAUCAGGUAUCAGCUAUUGAUACUAGAUAUAGGGCUUCAUUUACGAUACCUGAAUAGUCGGUGCGUCAAGAGUGAAGCCACAGGUGAUCGCAAUCAGCUGCUUUUACCUCGCGUUUUUUUUUUGUAACGUGUGUGUGUGUAAAAAUAAAAAAAAAAGUAAUUGCCUUAACUAGUUUAUAAACAUUCUGUUAGUCUCAUUGACACGUGUGUUUCUUGGAAAAGAAGACAGUCGUAAUAGUGUGUUAGGUUGUUAGAUACUUGGAAGUAUUAUUAGCAUUGGAAGUUGAAAUUCUGCUAUUAGGACUUUAUUUUAUGGGUGUAUUUUGGAUAUAAGAUGAUGGUUGCAGCAUUUGAUAUUUCAAUGUACAAUACCGCACAUACCUUUCUAAUUCAACACUAUCAAAGUCCAAGUAAAAGGGUUUUGUAUGUUAACUUACUUCUUUAUGCCGUCACGUAAAGACAACCUCAUUUCGUAAGGCUUUGGGUCUGUGUAACACAAACCAGACUCUAAAGAACCAAUUAAUAUUUUAAUAAAAGUUGCAUCAUCGAUGGCUACAUCAGCAGAAAAAGACAUCGAAUUAGGGGAUCAUCUUGUCGUAGAUGAAACGGCAAAGAAAGAUCUUACAGGAGACAGUGAAAAUAUUCAAUUGACAGAGACGACCGGGUCUCAAAAUCUUCCAGGGCCCGUAACUGAUGACGAAUUAAUCGGUGAGGAAGCGCUAGUUCGACAUAUUCAUGGGAUUGAUAAGCAAGUGAAAGAGUCUCGUGCUUCUGAAAUACAUAAAGAGACUCCACAAAAUGGAUCGACCACUUCAACACAGGAAUUCAACGUGGAUAUUGAAAAUCAAAGGCAAGCUUCUUCUGUGAUUAACAAUGCUGUUUCGGGUUAUGGAAAUGGGAGGCGAUGUCUAAUUCCAACCCAUUCAGUCCAUGGUGGACCUCUUUCUAUAGUUCCUCUAGACGUAACAAAUAAAUCGGAAGAGGAUGUUCUUGAAGAAUUCGGCCACUCAAAAGAGAGUACAUUGCAUAAUAUUUGCACAAUACUUUGGACUUAUUUAAAUGUUACAGUAACUCUUUAUAUUCAUGGACAAGCACAACCCGUAAUUUGCUCCGGGGCCUUAACAGAUCCCCAGACUUGGAAACGGUUUUUGAAUAAUAUACAUCUGUCUAACAAAGUACAUUCCUGUAAACCAGCUAGCUCUACACUUUUAUUGAAACUAUAUAAGAAGUUUCUUACAAACGCAAACCAAAUACAAACAGUCUCCUGUAUGUCUGCAGAGCUAACUUUUAGAUCUCCAGAAGGGCCGGUAACAGUUACGUGUCUUGGGCGUGUCAAGGAAUUCUAUGAUAAGCCAGACGCUGUGUUUUUACUGAGUCCACCAAUUCCCACAGCCGUCUGCGAACAACUGCACACAAUCUAUGUCAAGCUUGGCAAUGUUGUUAGGGGCAUGUCUAAAGAGCCCAUGUCGAUGAGAUCAUUGUUCAUCUUUAGUCUGAGGGACACUGGUGAAAAAGAGGUUUUUCCGCUCGAGCGGCCACUCAUGCCAGAAGACUCAAGAUUGGAAGAAACGGCGGUGCAGUAUUUAAUGCGUGUUUUCGAGGAAAAGAAAGAAAGAAAGGAAGAAAACUCAGAAAAAAUAACCAGGAUUUCUCAAGGAAGGGAACAUGCUUUUAUAAUACAAGCUGAACUUGUAUUGAGUCAAUUUGAGUUUUCUUGUCGCAGACUCGCGGAAUGAAAAUCAAGUUUUAUGUUUCUUAUACUUAAUUAAUUUUUUUAAGGACAUGUACAUGCAUCAUUUUGCGUGUGUAUUUAUUUUAUAAAUAAGAUUUAUGUAUCUUAAAAGGUUGUUUUUUUUUUAGGUGGUCAUAAAUAGGAAAAAGCAGCAAUCGGUUUAUUUCCAGUUUGUCCUUCUUCCACGUUUAAAUUUCUGAAAACGAUUUCACCAUAACCUGUGCCAGCGAGGUGGCUGAACGGUAAAGCGCUUGGCUUCCGAACCGGGGACCGGGGUUCGAAUCCUGGUGAAGACUGGGAUUUUUAAUUUCGGGAUCUUCGGGCUCCUCUGAGUCCACCCAGCUCUAAUGGGUACCUGACAUUAGUUAGGGAAAAGUAAAGGCGGCUGGUCGUUGUGCUGGCCACAUGACACCCUUGUUAACCGUAGGCCACAGAAACAGAUGACCUUUACAUCAUCUGCCCUAUAGACCACAAGGUCUGAAAGGGGAACUUUACUUUACUUUUUGUGCCGUUCUUACGAUAGCCAGUAGGAUUAUUUGAAUCUUUUGAACGCAAACGUUACACAUACUAAUUUACUAACUACGCUGGUGCCAAGGCACCGUGAUGGAAUUCCAUCCUUGCUGAAAAAUACGCAAACUUUGCAUUACGACUAUAGGACAGCACAACGACCAACCUCCUUUACAUUCCCGAACUAAAGCCAGGUUCCCAUUAGAUUCUAAAGUCAGGUUCCCAUUAGAGUCUAAAGUCAGGUUCCCAUUAGAGUUUGGUAGAGUCGGGGGAGGGGGGCGGGCUAAAAAUCUUGAAAUUCAAAAUUCCACUCUUCAACAAGAUUUGAAUCCAUGACUCCAGAUUCGGAAGCCAACUACGACUAUGUAUCUUUCCAAUAAUGUAAAGAAAACACAAACAUUUGUUUGAUAGAUCUUCAACGUUGGACUUCUUUGGUUCUCAAGCUGUGGGUCUCAAACCCCCAGCGACAUGGAAAGGGGCAAAGUCGGUUAAUUUAUUCUGCAAGUGGACACAACAAGUGUUUUCUUUUCGUUGUAAGAUAAGCCCAUUUUUUGAACAGUAACCAAGUAAAAUGACGUUAUUACCGAUGGUUUAGAAAUAAACUAUUUUAAGUAGGAGACGUCGAUUCUACUGAUAAUGACCUUUUUAAAAAUAUAUAACGUUUUCGUAAGAUGAGUCUGUAACAAUAUAGACAUGGAGACAUAUUAAAACGUCUCCACUAACGCGAUUCCUUUCGACUUUCUUAGUUAUAGUGUAUGACUUAUUCCAGUUUAUUGUACGACGUUAUGUUGGCGAAUUUUGUGUGUUAAAAAAAGAUCAGUGAUAGGUAUCGUUACUUAACACGGAGGUGAUCUUUACUUAAGACUCUCACAUCCAUUAGAGAUGUUCGCGUUAUAUACGUUCAACCUCCAUCGCAUAAUAGUAUUAGUCACUGCUGCCUCAUUUAAAUGAAUACUUUUUUUUUUCUCAUUAGAAUUAAUAGUACGCUCUAGUUGCCACAAAAAUACUUUGCUCAGAAAACAAGAAAUUUCUGGCCUUCACGCCCCUUUUUACUUUAACCUUUAUUAGGCAUGCGCUGUUUUUUUGUUUUUGUUUUGUUUUUACCAUUUUAGAUCAUUUGAUCUAUAGGGCAGAUGAUGUCAAUGUCAUCUGUUCUUUGGCCGACGGUUAACGAGGGUGUCAUGUGGCCAUUUACUAUGAGAAAAAGACUGAAAAAAAAAUGUAUUGUAGACGCGAAGAGAAUGAAUGUCUGAAGCUAAAAAGGCAUGACAACGCUUGGCUGCAAGUUUGUCCACCAACACUGAUCCCAGUGUGGGAGUCUAGAACAUUCCAUCAGACUUCAAACUGGCUAAGUAAAAUCGUGAACGGGUGAUGCCACUGGGAAAAGUAUGAGAAACACUAACCUACGGCCCCUUUACGAUUGAUUUAACCCUUAUUUAAAAACGUAAGUCUCCAAUUUUCAUUAUAUAUAGAAAGACUCACUUUAAAAUGUCAGAAUGACAUUAAUUAUUAUAAUUUUGCUGUUUUUGCUUUUUGUCUAUAAUGUUGCUGUAACAUUCUCAGUAACUGUGGUCAAAUUUGUGAGGUGGGAAAGGAGAUUUUGAAAGACACAUCUCAACUCAACCUCCUCCGCCAGUUAGGUAGUAAAAUGGUGGCAAAACAUCAAAAAAAUCAGUGGCGUAGCUAGCCAGUUGCCAUCAUUUGGUGACCUCUCCGGGGGCGUCUGCAUUUUGCGUAAUAUUUAAUGUAAAAAAACACAUUUGGAGCCCCUCUCAAGUGGGGGCCCGGGGGAUUUUAAAAUUCUCCCCUCCCUUCCACUACCCUAGCUACGCCCCUGCGCACAAUCUUAAUGCAGUCUCAGCUGCGAUGGGCUGGCCACGUCUGCAGAAUGGACGAAUCCCGCAUAUUAAAAAGACUCCUGUGUGAUAAUUAUAAAAAGGUGAACUAUCCCGUCAUCAAACAACCGAUAUAAAAUGGUUUGUCCCACACAGUGGCGUAACUAGGAAUUUUCAAUCAUUGGGGUGCCCGGGAGGCAUGACCUCUUUGGGGGGCCCUCCAUUUUGCUUAAUAUUUAAUGUAAAAAAACUAUUUCGAACACUCAUUUGGGGGCGCCCAUCAAGUGGGAGGCCGGGCAAAUUUUCGAAUUCCCCCUUUUCCCUCACAUUAGCAACGCCACUGGUCCCACACAUCUCACAAUGAUUUUUUUUCUGUGUGAAUUGUAUUUUUUAAAAAUAAUUAUUGUUUUAUUCUUUGGAAUAGUUUUUUUUUUUAAAUAAUGAAUUGUAGACCCUAUAUCAUUAUUAUUAUUAAGCCUAUUUUAUUAUUAUUAUUAAAAUUAUUAUAGGGCCUAUAUUUUUUUUUUUAACUUUUUUAAUGCUACGCAAAACGUUUUAAGUAAAUUAAUGCACUUAUGCAUGUUUAAUUCCUUGGUAAACAAUAAUGCAUACUUUUCUAAUUAAAAUGUGUGGUUUUGUAAUAUUUCCUUUUAUGUAAAUAAUGUAUGUAUGUAUCAAACACUAACACUAUUAGAACUAUUAGCUUACAAACUUUUUUAAAAUGUUUUUAAAUAACACUAUAUUAUUUAACAGAGCAAUGGGUUGCUUGAACUUAGCUAGGCUUGGCUACCUAUGAAGGGGGCUCGAGGUUCGACACCGACUCGAGCAAAGUUGUGUUUACUGAGCGCCUAAAGGCAGCACGGAAAACCUUCUCCCAAAUACACCCCCCCCCACCCCACAUCCCUAGUCCACAAACGAGAUUGGACCAAAGCGCUCUGAGCAUGCUUAUAAGCAUGAAAGUAGCGCAAUAUAAAAGCUAUAAUGUAUUAUUAUUAAAAUUGUUAUAUAUUUCUUUUUUUUUUUUUUUUUUGAUGCUUCGCAAAACUUUUAAAGUAAAUUAAUGUGAUAAUGCAUGCUUAAUUUCUCGGUAAACAAUAAUGCAUACUUUUCUAAUUAAUGUGUGGUUUUGUAUAUUUCCUUUUAUGUAAAUGUAUAUAUAAUGUAUGUAUGUAUCAAAUACUAACACUAUUAGAACUAUUAGCUUACAGUUUUUUUUUUUAUUUUUAUAACACUAACAUAGCAAUGGGAUCGUGGUCGAGAGGCUAAGUUCGCUUGAACUUGGCUUGGCUUCUUAUGAAGAGGGCUCGAGGGUUGAGCAGAGUUGUUGUUUACUGAGCCCCAAAAGGCAGCACGGAAAACCUUCUCCCAGGUACCCCCCUCCCCCCACUGGUCCACAAAUGGGAUUGGACCAUGGCGCUCUGGGCUUGCCAUAAGCAUGAAAGUUGGCGCUCUAUAUAAUCUAUUAUUAUUAUUAUUGUUAAUUAUUUUGGAUAGAUGUAUAGGCGAAAGUGAAUGAUAGAGAAACGGACAUAUCUAUUUCUUAUUUUGUGUAUAUGUGUGUUUUUACUUUUUUAUUAUUAACGUGUUAUUGAUAUAACCUAUUGAACUAUAUUUUUCCUCGAAGCGAAAAUAAUUCAAACCUAUGUUAUACGGCCAGGCAGCCAUCCAAAUAGAGCCAAGAAUCGCGCAUUGAUUUGCCCCUCCACCCCCAUACCCCAACAUAUCACAGACCGCCCAGCUCUCCUUAGCAGACACCCAUACACAUUUCGUCUUAAACCAGGAUAUGGUUGACGCCUGCACUAAAAAUUUCAAGUAAUAUAAUGAAGGAAACUGGAGCAAGUCAAGAUAUGGCGGUAGAAAAAUAGAAGGGGGGGGGGCAGAAACUAAUCAGGGCAAACUAAUUAUAGAUCAGCCUCUUUCUUAUAGAGGUAUAAUUAUUUAAGGGGACCUUGGUUUUAGUAUGCAGGUACAUAACUAUUCUUACACAUAUUGCUCAUUAUUACUAGUAUAGCAUGUAGACUAUGAAUUACAAAAGCUUUCGUUGUAAGCCCUAUUAGGUUAGAUUAUAGCCACUGGAUCUAUCUAUCUGUUGCUGUGCUAGUACCACUUUGUGUUCCAAUACGUUCUUUGUAUUUAGGAUAUCAUUAUGUUACUUCAAGAAGUAACCAAAAAGUAAGCAGAAGAAAUAUAAAUCUAAAUUAUAUAAAGGUAAAAAAAAAAUAAAGAGAUAUUUUAUAUUAUUUACCAGAUUUUUUUGAAUAAUCCACAUAGCGUACACUUGCAGGACUGUUUAUAGAACAGGAUGUGAAUUCUAGCAAGACGCGAAAUACCGCCUAAACUUGUCUUGGUUAUGAAGGUUCUGAAAUAUUUUUUGGGUACUGGUUUAAAAAUACAAAACUUUGUAGUUUCUUAAGUGCCAAAUACAAGUAAGUUGAUGUUCUGUAUAGAAUUUUAGUGGUUUCUUGUUAACUUUCCAAUACAAAAAAAGUAACAUACAAAACUCUUUUUAGAGGCCCCCGAAAGGGGAAUAGACGCUAUUAGUUUUGUGUGGUCUGUCCGUCCGUCAGUCCGUCCCGUUUAGAUCUCGUAAACUAGAAAAAAAUAGUGAAAAUCUGACAUCAAAAUAUUUUAGACCAUUCAAAGUUCAGAUGCAACGGCUACUUUUUUUUUUUCUGAAAACGAAAAAUCUAAUUUUUAAAAUCACUUAUGCAAGCAGUUUUGUCAUAAAAAUACAUCAUUUUUAUAACUAUUCACUAUUAAUAGUAAUAAACAUGGGAAGCUAUUUA